AGGAUGUUUCCGAGACUGGCGUUUACGAUUCGGACUUAGCAAGGACUUCUUCUAGAUCUCGGACUAUAGUAUACGAAGUUGAUUCUCACCAGCGAUAUUAAUAUCCACGACAUAAUUCUCGUCACCUGAAUUGAUACUCAUUCUGCUUGGUCUUGUUGAACGAAACCAUGUCGACGCCCUCAACCAAGACUCUCGAUCACAUCGUGCAUCUAACCCCUCCCGGCACAGUGAAUGAGGUAUCACGACAGUUCCAAGACCUUGGUUUCCAUGUCAUCCCAGGAGGUGUACACGCUGGAGGACUGACAGAAAAUGUGCUUGUGGUACUGCAAGAUGGCGCAUACCUUGAACUCAUUUCCUUCACCCACCCAGCAUCACAUUACCCACCAGGAUCGCCUGACCGCCAGAAACGGGAUGCCAACCCCUGGGCCUGGAAAGAACCUGGUUGGAUUGACUAUGCGUUCCUCGGUUCUUCCAGCACCUCCAUAUCAGAACUUAUAAACGCCCGAGCCAAGGAGGAAAAGAGUAGAAUUCGGUAUGAUCUAGAGGUGGACGGAGGGAGGGAGCGCAGCGACGGCAAGGUGUUGAAAUGGCAGAUCUCUGCGCCAUCCCAGGAUAACGGCCGAGGAGCUACUCCAUUCUUCUGCGGAGAUGUCACGCCAAGGGAAUGGAGGGUUCCACUUGAUCCCCCUUCGAAUGCACAGCAUCCAUCUGGAGUCCUUGGGGUCGCAUAUAUCCGGAUUUUGGUUAAAGAUGUCGAUUUUUCGGAUAUGGCAGCAGAUAUGACAUCGGUCGUUGGUAGAUCACCUGUGUCUAACACAGGGCGAAGAGCGACUUGGGUGCUUGACACACCUAGUGCAGAUGUCGCUGGAGGAAACCCCCAACUUAUCAUCAGCGUACCAGAGACAGAGGACGAGCGCCAGACGUUGAUUGAGAGAGGCGAAGGCAUUGAGGAGGUUGCGUUCCUCGUUAGUUCGAGGAAGAAGGAAGGGCAAGCCAAGACGCCUUACGGGAAAAUUGUCUGGUUACAGGGAUGACUCGCACAAAAUAAU